AUCAAAUCUUUCUCAUUCAACAACUGUUCUCAGACUAUAUAAUUUUUUUUUCACUAAAUUGUAUAAAAAGAGUGAAGAAGUUGUUAAUUAGAGUUUGUAUAAUAGAGUUGAAGCCAUGGGUGGCGGCUACUGGAGGCGGAGCAGUUCUCUGGCGGUGCUAGCUAUCGUUUUAUUCGGUUGUCUUUCUGCACUUUCGAUUGCCAAAGAGGAGGCAACCAAACUAAGAACAGUUAUUGGAAUAGACCUUGGGACUACCUAUUCCUGUGUUGGAGUUUAUAAGAAUGGUCAUGUUGAGAUUAUAGCAAAUGACCAGGGAAACCGUAUUACGCCAUCAUGGGUUGGAUUCACCGAUGGUGAGAGGUUGAUUGGUGAGGCUGCAAAGAACCAGGCGGCUGUCAACCCCGAAAGAACCAUCUUUGACGUUAAGAGGCUCAUUGGAAGAAAGUUUGAGGACAAGGAAGUUCAGAGGGAUAUGAAGCUUGUCCCAUACAAGAUCGUGAACAAGGAUGGGAAGCCUUACAUUCAAGUCAAAAUCAAGGACGGAGAAGUUAAGGUAUUUAGUCCUGAGGAAAUCAGUGCGAUGAUUCUGAUAAAGAUGAAGGAGACAGCUGAAGCUUUCCUUGGAAAGAAAAUUAAGGAUGCUGUAGUAACUGUUCCUGCUUAUUUCAAUGACGCACAAAGGCAGGCUACUAAGGAUGCAGGUGUUAUUGCUGGCUUAAAUGUUGCAAGAAUUAUUAAUGAACCAACAGCAGCAGCCAUUGCUUAUGGAUUGGACAAGAAAGGUGGUGAGAAGAACAUUCUCGUCUUUGACCUUGGUGGUGGGACAUUUGAUGUCAGUGUCCUGACUAUUGAUAAUGGUGUGUUUGAGGUUCUGUCAACAAAUGGAGACACCCAUCUUGGAGGUGAGGACUUUGAUCAAAGAAUUAUGGAAUACUUUAUCAAAUUGAUUAAAAAGAAGCAUGGGAAGGACAUCAGCAAGGACAACCGAGCUCUUGGUAAGCUAAGAAGAGAAGCUGAGCGUGCCAAAAGGGCACUGAGUAGCCAACACCAGGUCCGAGUUGAGAUUGAAUCUCUUUUCGAUGGUACUGACUUCUCUGAACCACUAACCCGUGCUCGCUUUGAGGAGUUGAACAAUGAUCUGUUCAGAAAGACAAUGGGACCUGUGAAGAAGGCAAUGGAGGAUGCUGGGCUGGAGAAGAACCAAAUUGAUGAGAUAGUUCUUGUUGGUGGAAGCACUAGAAUUCCAAAAGUGCAACAACUCCUGAAGGACUAUUUUGAAGGGAAGGAGCCUAACAAGGGUGUGAAUCCUGAUGAGGCAGUUGCUUAUGGUGCUGCUGUCCAAGGUGGUAUCUUAAGUGGAGAGGGCGGUGACGAAACUAAAGAUAUCCUUCUCCUGGAUGUUGCUCCUCUUACCCUUGGUAUUGAAACUGUUGGUGGCGUGAUGACCAAAUUGAUUCCUAGGAACACUGUCAUCCCAACCAAGAAGUCUCAAGUCUUCACUACUUACCAAGACCAGCAGACCACCGUCACCAUUUCGGUCUAUGAAGGCGAAAGGAGUCUUACCAAGGACUGCAGGCUCCUCGGAAAUUUUGAUCUGACUGGAAUUCCUCCAGCUCCAAGGGGAACACCUCAGAUUGAGGUUACCUUUGAAGUUGAUGCAAACGGUAUUUUGAAUGUCAAAGCAGAAGACAAGGGUACUGGUAAAUCAGAGAAGAUUACCAUUACAAAUGACAAGGGCCGCUUAAGCCAAGAAGAGAUUGAAAGAAUGGUUCGUGAGGCAGAAGAGUUUGCCGAAGAAGACAAGAAGGUGAAGGAGAGGAUUGACGCCCGUAACGGUCUUGAAACCUAUGUGUACAACAUGAAAAACCAGAUUAACGACAAGGACAAGCUUGCUGACAAGCUCGAGUCCGAUGAGAAGGAGAAAAUUGAGACAGCCGUAAAGGAAGCCCUCGAGUGGCUGGAUGACAACCAGAGCGCUGAGAAAGAGGACUAUGAGGAGAAGCUGAAAGAGGUCGAGGCAGUAUGCAACCCAAUCAUCACAGCUGUUUAUCAAAGAUCAGGCGGAGCCUCAGGUGGUUCAUCAUCAUCAGAAGAAGAUGGACAUGAUGAACUGUAGGUUUAACUUAACACUGCCAUUGACACCACUGAAAAGAGGCAAAACAUGAGGAUACAGGAUAGACCAAGACGAGUUUAGUGUAAGUUGCAAGUUUUGUCAUUGUUUAAGUACGAGGGAAGAGGUAUCCCUUCGCUUGGUCUUUUGAGGUGAAAAUACUUAUGAAAGGAUGUUUCCUCUUUUAAACUUGUAUUCUGCUUCGAUCUGUUUUAGAACUUCUGAGAUUAGUUUAUUUUAACGGAAUCAAAUUCAGAAUGAAGUUUAACAUGACAUGUUUCCAUUUUGCUAUUA